CAAACCGAGUAUACGAGUUUUCAAAAUUACUCUGAAGGUAUAUAUGCACAAUUGCACUUUGCAUAUAUGAUAUACCCUGCCACAAAAUCACUAAGUAAGUUGUCACAAACAUUCAAUUCACACAUAUUAUUCCCCUGGUAUUGUCCAGCCGUGCUUUCAACAGAAUUGUCUCAUAGGAGAUUUAGUGUCCGAAACGUGUUCGUGUUUAGUGUCUGAGUGUGUUUCAAACAGGAUUUGUCUCUAAACUAAAGUUUUCAUAUUUAGUGUCUGAUUGUGUUUCAAGUUUCAACCAGAUUGUCUCUGAAGAAAAAUACAUGUGAGAAAUUAUUAAGUAACAAUUUCACGUAUAUAAAGCAUCCAAGAGAUAACAAUUGUGAAGGGUCAAAAACCUUGAUCAAGAAUUGUCGAAGCAAUGGCCACUCCUUUGGCCUACCAAGAGCACCUUCCUGCAUCACCCAAUUGGCUGAACAAAGGUGACAACGCAUGGCAGUUAACAGCAGCAACUCUGGUUGGCCUUCAGAGCAUGCCAGGUCUCGUGAUCCUCUACGCCAGCAUAGUGAAAAAGAAAUGGGCAGUGAACUCGGCCUUCAUGGCUCUCUAUGCCUUUGCAGCUGUUCUCAUAUGUUGGGUGCUUGUGUGUUUCCGAAUGGCCUUUGGGGAGCAACUUUUCCCCUUUUGGGGCAAGGGUGCACCAGCACUAGGCCAAAAGUUCCUCACGAAACGAGCCUUGGUCGUUGAAACCAUCCACCACUAUGAUAAUGGCACUGUUGAGAGCCCUGCUGAAGAACCCUUUUACCCCAUGGCCUCACUUGUCUAUUUCCAAUUCACUUUUGCUGCUAUCACUCUCAUCCUUUUGGCUGGCUCUGUCCUUGGAAGAAUGAACAUCAAGGCUUGGAUGGCUUUUGUGCCUCUUUGGUUAAUCUUUUCUUACACUGUUGGGGCUUUUAGCCUCUGGGGUGGUGGCUUUCUCUACCAAUGGGGUGUCAUUGACUACUCUGGUGGAUAUGUCAUCCACCUUUCCUCUGGAAUCGCUGGCUUAACUGCUGCUUAUUGGGUUGGACCAAGAUUCAAGAAUGAUAGGGAGAGGUUUCCACCAAACAAUGUGUUGCUUAUGCUUGCGGGUGCUGGUUUAUUGUGGAUGGGGUGGUCAGGGUUCAACGGUGGAGCACCAUAUGCUGCAAACAUUGCAUCAUCAAUUGCAGUGUUGAACACAAACAUUUGUGCAGCCACAAGCCUCCUUGUGUGGACCACUCUCGAUGUCAUCUUCUUCGGGAAACCCUCCGUGAUUGGAGCUGUGCAGGGCAUGAUGACCGGACUUGUAUGCAUCACCCCAGGAGCAGGACUUGUGCAAUCGUGGGCGGCUAUAGUGAUGGGAAUGUUAUCUGGGAGUGUUCCAUGGGUGACCAUGAUGAUUUUGCACAAAAAGUCAAGCUUGUUGCAAAAGGUGGAUGACACCCUUGGGGUGUUUCACACACAUGCUGUGGCUGGCCUUUUGGGUGGCCUCCUCACAGGUCUAUUAGCAGAACCAGCCCUUUGUAGACUCCUAUUGCCAGUUACCAACUCAAGAGGUGCAUUCUAUGGUGGAGGUGGUGGUGUGCAAUUCUUGAAGCAAUUGGUGGCAGCCAUGUUUGUUAUUGGAUGGAACUUGGUCUCCACCACCAUCAUCCUCCUUGUCAUACAAAUUUUCAUACCCUUGAGGAUGCCGGACGAGCAGCUAGAGAUCGGCGACGACGCCGUCCACGGCGAGGAAGCCUAUGCCCUUUGGGGUGAUGGUGAGAAAUAUGACCCAACUAGGCAUGGUUCCUUGCAAACUGGCAACACUGCUGUGUCACCUUAUGUUAAUGGUGCAAGAGGUGUGACUAUAAACUUGUGAGUCAAGAAAUUAAUUAGCAAGGCUAGCUGUGCUUUGCUCUCACAUAUGUAUAAAGUUAAUCUAUGUAUGAUGUAAUUAAUUCGUGAGUGGUGUAGGUAGAAAUUUGAUUUUCAUGAAAGAAAAUUUCAAGUUUUGAGAUCUGAUGUUCCUCUAGUUAUCCAAAUUUUAUGCACAUAAUGUCUUGACAUGUAUGUGUACAAGAUUUAGAUUUGUCAGAUUUUUGAAGGAAGCUUCAAGGAGAUUGUGAUUAGGAAUUUUUAUUUUUUCACUUACAUGUUUUAAUUACUAGAAAAGUAUCAAUUUUUAUUUA